GGCACCCCGGCCCCUGCUCGGCUCAGUGCUCCACUAGAAGCUUCUCCAGCCGUCCUCACUGUGAGUCAGGUUGACCUAAAGCAGCUUCCAAGAUGUCCCAGAAAGUUACUCUGCCAGUGACCCUGCCCCCUGCCCUCAGUAAGGAGCCCCUCAAGCCUGUUUCUCCUCCCACCAAUAUCCAGCAGGAGCAAGUGAAGCAGCCAACUCCACUGCCUGACCCAUACCAGAAGGUAUCCUUGGAGCUCCCAGUGAAGGAUCCCUUGGAGCUCAGGGAGAAACACACAACUCCUGUGAAGGGGGUGCCCAAGCAAGAGUGUGAGCCACAGCAACAGGAGCCACAGCAGCAGGAACAGCAUGUGGAACAGCAGCAGCAGCAGCAGCAAGAGUCACAGGAGAAGGAACAGCAGGAGCAGCAACAGCAAGAAUCACAGGAGAAGGAACAGCAUGUAGAACAGCAGCAGCAGCAAGAGUCACAGGAGCAAGAAAAGCAUGUGGAACAGCAGCAGCAGCAGCAAGAGUCACAGGAGAAGGAACAGCAGCAGCAGCAACAGCAAGAAUCACAGGAGAAGGAACAGCAUGUAGAACAGCAACAGCAGCAAGAGUCACAGGAGCAAGAAAAGCAUGUGGAACAGCAGCAGCAGCAGCAAGAGUCACAGGAGAAGGAACAGCAGCAGCAGCAACAGCAAGAAUCACAGGAGAAGGAACAGCAUGUAGAACAGCAACAGCAGCAAGAGUCACAGGAGCAAGAAAAGCAUGUGGAACAGCAGCAGCAGCAGCAAGAGUCACAGGAGAAGGAACAGCAGCAGCAGCAACAGCAAGAAUCACAGGAGAAGGAACAGCAUGUAGAACAGCAACAGCAGCAAGAGUCACAGGAGCAAGAAAAGCAUGUAGAACAGCAGCAGCAGCAAGAGUCACAGGAGCAAGAAAAGCAUGUGGAACAGCAGCAGCAGCAAGAGUCACAGGAGAAGGAACAGCAGCAGCAGCAAGAGUCACAGAAGAAGGAACAGCAUGUGAAACAGCAGCAGCAGCAAGAGUCACAGGAGCAGGAAAAACAUGUGGAACAGCAGCAACAGCAACAGCAAGAAUCACAGGAGAAGCAACAGCCUGUGGAACAGCAGCAGCAACAACAGCAAGAAUCACAGAAGCAGGACCAGCCUGUGGAACAGCUGGAACAGGAGAAGAAGGUCUUGGGCCAGCAGCUGGAUCAAGAGCUAGCAAAGAAAGAUGAGAAACUGGGAAAGAAAGGGGAGCAGCUGCUGGAGUAGCAGGAGGAGUCGCUGAAGCAUCCUCUGCUUGUCCCAGCUCUUGGCCAGGUCCAAGAGACCAACCCAGUCCAGCCAGAAGUCUUGCCCGUUAAAGAAGCAGGAGGUGUAGUGUCCCCCAAAGAUAAGUGACCACCCCCAGGGUCCCAGAGGCCCCUGGAAAUCCCACACAAGUGAAGAGAGAGCCAGUGGCCUGGCUUACGUCCAGUCCCCAGCCUGGGUGGCCCACCUUAUCUGUGAACCUGCCUGACCCUGACCUUCUGCAUGUCUCUGGGAUAGGGCUUGGUGGGGGGAGGGGAGCUAUUGCCCAGCACCCACCCCUGAUGAGUGCAAUCCCAACCUCAGGUGGCCAGAGCCUCUGCUUGAAGAGACAGUGACUACAGCAACUCUGACUGUAUCCCCACUACCAUUGCUGAAUCUGUGAGUGCAUACAAUACAGAAUAAAUGCUGGAUGGCCUGGGA